AUGCGGUCACAUAUUGCGGCAAUCCUUGUGAGAGUCAACCGGUCCGCGGUCACAGCAAAGGUUAUUGCCAGAUCCUCACCCGGCAGGGCCAUGCGCAUGGACACUCUGCCGAGGGGGGCUCAGGUCCGCAUUUGGCAGCACAUGGGCACCUGCGGCCAGACUGGGGAUGUUGAACUCAUCUCUAUUCCGGCGAAGGCCCCCAACCUGUGGCUCCUCCUGCCCGUUGCGGUCUGCAAAACCAUCACCCUAGGACCACAAGCCACGCUUGCCGACGGCGCACUGGCGCUACUGCGGCGCCUGCCCGGCGCUGUUGCCGACCACGCGGCGCUGCCGUCGGGCGUCCUUCGGCUGGAAGUUGCCGUGCCCCGUACGGCAACUACGGCGCUCCGCUGGCUCAGCGGCCAGCAGCAGCACCAUCUGCAGCGGCGUCCGGAUCCCAGCCCUGCCGCUGGCGGGCCGUUUCUGUACUUCAGCGGGCGACGCUCCUCGGCACCGGAUACUCCCGGGGCAGCGGCGGCGGAGGCAGCCACCCGCGGCUGGACCUCCGUGGCAGGGGCCGGGGCGGCGUGGCGGUGGUGGGGCCCUGGCGGCGGCGGUUUCGACAGCCGUGUGGUUUCGGCGCUGCAGCGCUUCCUAUCCCCCGACCAGCCGCGGAUUCGAAUUCUCGGCGGCAUCAG